AUGUGGCAGCAACCUAUGGAGGCGAGCGAGAGUCAUUGGCCUCGCUUGGUGUGUCUGACCGAUCCAUUGCUCGAGAUUGGCUUGGUGGUUACUCAUCCCGAACCGCCAGCGACUGGCAAGAGCCGCAAAACGCCUGCGGCUCCUGUACUUCUCAAUCGCGCUGAAGAGAUCCUUCACGUCGAGGCUGUUCAUAUCCCGGUUCCUUCUGCACCAGGCCAUCGCGAGCUCACCAUUGCGGUCACAGUCAACCGGGGCACCAACAUAGAAAGCUUUGGUGUACCCCUCCCCGGCAAGAAGUCGAGAAAGAGCGUUAAGGCAGAGGACAAGGACAAGGCCCUCGAGGAGGCAUUGAACUCCCUAGUCGACGCAGAAAGAGGCAACGAUGCUAAGCGCAGGCAAUCACGGCUAGUGAGCUCGCUCUUGGCCCGUGCCGACCUGUCUGCCUCGCAAGACAGAGCGACGUUUGCCGAACAGUCAAUACACGGUGGCCAUGGUAGCAGACGUAUCGAGUCGCAUGGCAAUCACCGCUUGCGGCUCAGCAGCGGCUAUGGCGGCCCGAGUUUUGGCGGCAGCUACAACUAUAACCGUAUCAACCACCUUCCGGAGGCACCGGUUGACAACCUCCUCGAAGAGUUGCGUGCUGGCGGUGACUUUGAAGGGUUUCAUAAUAUGGGCCUUGAUGACCACGACUUCGAUGGUCUUGCACGCGAGAUGCUCUUUACAAAGAUUCAGAGCGUCAGUAUGGAAAACACCAACAUGCGAUACUCGCUCUCCAGCAAGCCCGCUAAGACGCAGGCCAAGGUUUUCAUUCUUGCAGGUCCACAGACUGCUGCUGAUGAGCAAGGCCGAUCAAUCUUGUUAAUUGCUAUUCAAGAUCCGGUCGACAAGAGGCUCCAGCUGCUCACUCUUUAUGUCCAGGGACUUGAGGACACCGCCCCUAAGAAGAGAAAGGCGAAGCGCUCUCCGGAUCUUGACGAUCUCCUCAUCAUUCCUGGUGAACCUAGAAGGGUUCAGAGUGUGGUUGAUUCUUGCAAGAUAUCCGAUGGAUACGAAUCUAUCAUGAUUUUGUCAGAAGACAGAAACGGCGGCAGAGAGCUCAGUCUUCAGUCACCAUGGGGAAAGGUCACGACACUCGCCCUGCCGCUGCUCUUGUUCGACAAUUUGAGCAGUCUCGAGUUCUCCGGCAGCCACAGGGUCAAUGUAGCAGCUCAGGGACGACACUCUCUCGGCGUCAACUUGACUGGAACCCAGAUUGACGCCAUGUGCCACGCUGAUUCCCGGGGGACGGUCGACCUUAGGGACAAGGACGGCAAAUACCAUCGCAUAAGGAUUCAACUGCAACCCUCGUCCCCGCAGGUACGCAUGGUCCUAGAUGUCUGCAGAAGCGUCCUCCACCCUUCAUAUGCGGAUAGGGUCGUUGCUGGGUGGUGGCAUGUCAUGCAAUGGCUCCAGGACACGAAGCGCCAAGGGCUCGUACAUGGAAUUGUCGACAUCGAGUGGUCGGCAGUGACAAUCCUGCUUUUGUCGAGCUUUUUGGCCAUGGGGCAUAAUAGCGAAACCUCACUGCGGACACUCGGCAGUGAAGUCGUCACGGCGGUUGCGAAGAACAAGUGGGAAGCGAUGCAUUUGCGUGAGACACCGAACUCAUCUGCUUGUCCCCCGUGGAUGCGUAAGAAGGCGUGGCAGUGGCUGCUGGACGAAUCGCCUGAAGCGCCCGGUACCAUCAGCGCGGAACCAACGGCUUCAAGUGACUAUGUCUUGUUUCAUAUACACCUCGCCAGGAGAUGGAUGGCCUCGACGAGUGGGCUAUCGGCAUUUGGAUUUGAAGGGUAUCUCCCUACGGCACUAAGCAGGACCGGCGAGCCCCGUAAUACGGCAGCAUGGAGUGUAAUGCUUGCCCUUCACCUCUUUGUCGAGGAACAAAAGUUGAAUAUCUUGUCCUCAGAGUAUCUGUCACCCGGCCAAACCGACCUUAAGGCGCUUCUACACCAACUUGCCAAGUGGCUGGGAUGGCACCGAUACGUGGCCCUCUACGCGCUGGGCGCACAGGCGGAGCCAACUCCCGCUAAUGACCUCUUCCCAUUUGUUCUGUCCGACUUGGCCGAACCUCCAUCAGAGUACUGCAUUCUUUCCUGGAUACAAGAGCACCUCGCGGGCGGUCACGAUACUGAGUAUCCCACGUUAUCGGACCUGUACGCCAACGCGACUCGCGAUAGUGCCGGUGGAAGGCUGCGGGACCAGCUGUGGGCGAGUCUUACGCCUCGUACGCUGAUGUUCGAAAGACUACUUGCCAGGUUCAAAUCAGUCACCCAUCGGCUCGAAGCGGUGACAGCUAUGCACCAGUGCGGCUUUACUUCCCAAAUACUUGAGACCCUACCAGAGGCAAUUCUUACGGCCCUGCAAGAUGUUAUUUCCACCUGUCAGCCAGACCCCCCACUGUCGUGGCCGAAGGACCUGCUCGCUCUCAUCGGUCGCACAGAUGUGAGCAGCGUAUUACAGCCAACCAAGACCUGGCAAUCCCUUAGUUCCGAUGUUAAAGUCCCUUCGCAUGAGGCAAAGUGGGAUUUUCAGACCUUGUGCCGGACCCUCGAAGGACCUAACGACCACGUUGAGGAUGCCGGCGCUGCGGAGCGUCAAGCUGUUGUGCGUUCCUUGUUUAGGGAAGAUAGGAGACUGAACGAAGCACAGGGCAUGCUAUCUACCAGCAAGCACCGUGUUGUACGCCUGGAUCCAAAGCCAGAAUGGACCGAGGCAGACUAUCUGGAGAAGCAGAAAGAACUGGUCACGACUAUUGCGAACAGCACCCUAGCCAUCUCAGCCGGGAGGGGCUUGCUUCAUUUUGCUCUUCGGUACCCACUACUUACUCAGAAGUACCAGAUCUCGGCAUUCAACCUGAGUUGCCUUGUCAAGCCUGCAAACAACAUGGUGAGCGUCGACAAGAACAUGUUUCCAGAGGAGAAGAUCAGCUGGGCGUUCUUCCAUCAGGGCGUCUCUGGCGGUCUAGCGAUAUCGCCCCAGGCGAAAGGCAUCGACACCUCCUGGAUUUUGUACAAUAAACCGGGUCAGGACCUCAGCAACCGUCACGCCGGCUUCCUUCUAGCCCUCGGGCUGAACGGGCACCUCAAGUCGGUUGCCAGAUGGGUGGCGUUUAAGUACCUCACCCCGAAGCAUACCAUGACCACCAUUGGCCUGCUCCUUGGCUUGGCCGCGUCCUAUAUCGGGACCAUGGACGCGCUUAUGACUCGCCUCCUGUCCGUCCACGUCACUCGCAUGCUGCCUCGCGGGGCCGCCGACCUCAACCUCUCGACUGCAACGCAGACCACCGGUGUCAUGGGCAUCGGGCUGGUUUACUGCAACAGCCAGCACCGGCGCAUGAGCGAGAUCAUGCUUUCAGAAAUUGAGCAGGUCGAUAGUCCCGGGGAGGAGGAUGAGGAGGAGGGCGGAGCCGUCCGCGACGAGAGUUACCGCCUCGCGGCUGGAUUCGCCCUCGGUUUCAUAAACCUCGGCAAGGGAAGCGAUCUCAAGGGCCUGCGCGAUAUGCAUCUGACAGAAAAGCUACUCACAAUAGCCACGGCGACCAAGAGGGUAGAGCUUGUCCAUAUCCUCGACUGGUCAGCUGCUGGGGCUGUGGUGGCCAUCGCGCUCAUCUACAUGAAGUCUGAAGACAAGAUAGUGGCACGCAAGAUCGACGUCCCCGACACCCUGUUGCAGUUUGACUACGUCCGACCGGAUAUCUUGCUCCUGCGGACAGUUGCGAAACACCUCAUCCUCUGGAACGAGGUAGACCCUACCUUCGAGUGGAUUGAGCGCGGCCUGCCCGUGGAAUAUAGGCCUCUCUACCAGCUGACCAGCAUUUCCAAGUUACGGAGUCGUGACCUGCCCUUUUUUUCGAUCCUCGCCGGCCUAUGCUUUGCUCUCGGUUUGCGCUUUGCCGGAUCUGCCAACGUCAGGGUUCGAGAUCUGCUGGUCCAUUAUCUCGACCAAUUCAUGCGCAUAGUCCGGAUACCGGUAAACAACUACGACAGCGAAUUGGCCCGAAAUAACGCAUGCAUGUGCAUGGAUGUGCUAGCGCUGUCGUGUGCAACGGUGAUGGCCGGAACGGGAGAUAUAAUCGUCCUCCGCCGGCUCCGCGCCCUCCACGGCCGAGACGACAGCACCACCUCUUACGGCAGCCACCUUGCUGCCCACCUCGCCAUCGGGGCACUCUUUCUCGGCUCCGGAACGGCCACAUUCAACACCUCCAACCUGGCUAUUGCCUCGCUCCUUGUUGCCUUUUACCCUCUCUUCCCGGCCAACGUUCAAGAUAACCGCUCUCACCUACAAGCCUUCCGCCACUUUUGGGUCCUCGCAACUGAGCACCGGUGCCUAGUCACAAAAGACCUGGUUACCAAUCAGCCUCUCAAUGUCCCAAUUCUCAUCCAUCUCCGACCAGACUCCCCAUCAGCUGCCGCAGUCGCCGCCUAUCAGACUACGCCAAUGGACACCAAUGAGGAAAGCCCUUCCGGCCCGGCCGAGUCGGCAACCAUCACCCUCCGCCGCCAAACACCCUGCCUUCUCCCACCUCUGGACGAUAUUGAACGCGUCGAGACAGACGCCAAAGCCCUCGGCUACUGGGACCUGGCGAUCCCAUUUGCCGACACCCCGCGGCUACGGGACGACUUCCGUCGAAACCAAACCGUGUAUCUACGCCGCAGGCCUGCUGACGAAGGGACGUUUUCGGCGACGCUUCGUUCGCUUUCUGCGGCGGUGGAUGAUGGGGCUGGCGCUGACGAGGCGAUCAUGAUGGAGGGGAGUGACCGCGAUCAGCAGUGGCGGAAAAAAGACGGCGAGCCAUGUCUUGAGUGGGUGUUUGGGCUGGAUGCGCUGGCGGGUUUGUCAGUUGCCGAGAGGGCCAUGGUAUUGGAUCGGCUUGGCGCUGGGGGUGGUGGGGUAGGCGAGGGGGAAGGAGCGAGCACUGCGGUAGAUGCGAGGUUGACGUUGAGGGCUGGAGCGGACGGCGUGGGUGGGUGGUCGAGAGAUCGCUUGCUAGGUCUGCGCUUGCUUUUUGAGUGGGCGGAGAGGAGAGGAAGUUUUGCGCAGGGAAAGGGCCCCGGUGGAACAGAGAGGCAGCAACAGGAAGAGGCUGGCACAACGAAGGGGAAAGGGAAAGCAAAGAAAGGAUCUUCAGGAAAGAGCAAGAAGAAAGUUUCACUGGGUGCGCCUGCGCCUGAAGCCGGUAGUUCCGAGCAGGAGAAGAAGGCGGACGAGGUCGCGGCGAUGGAUGGUGCGUGGUGGUUGAGGGACAGUGCCAUUGAUGAGCUAAAGGGAAGGACGUGGCUCGCUGGCAGGGAAGGGUGAUGGGCGAGACGUAGACGGUUAAUGCGCGUUUGAGCCUAGGCACAGAGAAGAGUAUACCAGUAGAGACGUCCUGCCCCAGUGUACAAGGUGUCGAGGGCUUUUCGGCUUCUUCUUAAUCUAGAGAUCCAUCCAUAUACCUCAGCGGCCGGUGGCAAAGACUGCGUGAACUCUGAACAGCACUGGAACAACAGAGGUUCGGGAAGUUGGAAGGAUUUCGCAUACUACCACAGUCUAGAAAGACGGCAAGCUGAUCUCUCGCCCAAAUCUAGUCAUAAAUAAGGGUAUGCUAAUAGUUGAGGCAAACUUGGGCUGGAACGGAUGUGAAUGAUCAACCAAGCUGUCCUCGCGGGGGGGAAAUAAUAGCAAUACGCAGCUUGCUGAAAAACGUCCAAUACAUCACGUCUUCAACAAUCACGUCUACAAGGACGAUGAAGGUUGACGGGCCAGCUCGCAAAGUGCAAGGAAAGCAGAGCAGUCCGAGGGAAUGAAUAACGGCAAUCUGGACG